AUGGCGGAUCAUGACCCUGAUGCAGCACCUGACACGGAAUCAUGCUUCCCCAAGAAACAUAAAGGUGGUGAAGAAAACAUUGACGAGGAUGAUUCCAAUAGUGAUGACAAUGGCUCCUUCAAAGAUGAGGGUCAUCGGUCUCCGGAACACUACAAAGCGCUGGCAGAGGCUCUAGAUACUCAAAUCAAUUUCGCUAUGUCCCCUGUAUGGGACAGAUCUUCGAUGACCCUCUCCAAGUUGAUGAAACCUGGCUACCUGAAGAUGGAAGGUGGCAUCUACCUGACCGGUCUCCUUGGAAAUGCCGUGAUAAUUGAGCGGUCUAACAGAGCGAUUGAAGACUAG